UUACUGUCCUAUAUAUAUAUAUAUAUUGCAAUAGGCUCCUUAUUUAGUGUCCGAAAAUCUCUCCCUUAGUCAUACCAACAAAGCAACAAGCACUACAAAUUCGCUGUCUCAGUCCCUUCGUUGCCAACUAUUUUGCGUAGGAUUUUCCUUCUUCACAACCUCGUAAUAAAUUCGUUAAGUUCCUCCUUGUUUGGUCCCAAAAAUCUGAGAACCCUCUUUCAAUUUCUCUUCCUCAACUCCAUCAUUCAUCACUGUCCAUUAUUAUUGUUAUUAUUAACAAUGGAUCCUAUGGAGCUUAAGCGUGUUUUCCAAAUGUUCGACCGAAACGGUGACGGGAGAAUCUCAUUGAAGGAGUUGAGUGAUUCAUUGGAGAAUCUGGGCAUCUUGAUCCCGGACAAGGACCUUGCUCAGAUGAUCGAGAGGAUUGACCUGAACGGAGACGGUUGCGUGGACAUGGAUGAGUUUGGAGACUUAUACGAGUCCAUCAUGGAGGAGCGUGACGAGGAGGAGGACAUGAGGGAGGCCUUCAACGUCUUCGAUCAAAACCGCGACGGUUUCAUAACCGUCGAGGAACUGCGAAGGGUGUUGGCCUCCCUCGGACUCAAACAAGGGGGGACCCUUGACGAGUGCAAGAAGAUGAUCACCAAAGUCGAUGUUGAUGGGGAUGGCAUGGUUAAUUACAAAGAGUUCAGGCAAAUGAUGAAGGGGGGAGGCUUUACUGCUCUUAGUUAGCCUACGUUUAAUGCAAAUCAAAGCAUGCGUGCCAUUACAAAAUCUAUCAAAUUUUCAAUUUAAUUCAAUUCACAUCUUGUAAAUAAGUUUGCCCAUCUACGAGAUUUCAUUGAUUAAUGACUAUGUGUGCCCCUUCA